GGAAGUGGACCAAGUCACAAAAAUAUUCACAGUGUGCUCAUCAAGGCGUGCACACUAAUGCUGUCUCCUCUCAGGACUGCAUGUACACCCAUACUAGCUCAUGGACAACAAGUGCUCACAUGACAUGUCAGUGUCUGUAUCGAGAACAGGAUGCCUAAAUGUGAGCUGAUCGAGCUGAAGGACCUCAGUGUAAAUGAUCCCAUCGAGCUGGCUGCUCCUGCGGCCCGUGCAGCUCCUCCGUCACCUUUAAACCCAGGUCAACACUGCUACUUCCACGUUGUCCGUCUGGUUGGAGACAGUGUCAGCAUCGAAGUACCUGGUUGUCAAGCAGGAGAGACUGGUGUGGGUCAUGACUUCCAGCCCUACAGUUUCACUCAUCUCACCUGGUGUGACCUGUGUGGAGAAUUCAUCUGGGGUCUUUAUAAGCAGAGUUUACGCUGUGCCAACUGCAGUUAUACGUGCCACUACCGCUGCCGACCAUUCAUCCAGCUGGACUGCUGCACAGAUGGAAGUUCGUUAACAGACCGGGUAGAUUUCUCUGUCGACUCAAUCGAGACAGACACAAAUGUGGAUGAACAGGUCGAUUUGAGUAAACAGGAGUUGAGUCUUGGUGAGAUUCAACUGAAGGUUCAAGAGUAUAAUGCUCAGGUCAACAGCAGUCUCUACAUGGUGGUUAAUAAAGACGGGUCCUACACUGGUUUCAUCAAGGUCCACUUUCAGUUAGUUCGCCCCAUCUCCCUACCUCCUCCUCCUCCUCCUCAGAGCCUGGAGGAAGAUCAGGACAGAAAAUUAACCCCGACAAGGCGACGCACAUCUUUCUACCUCCCCAAAGACACUGCAAAGCACCUGCACAUAAGCUCCCAAACACGGGUACGUGAAGUAAUCGAGGCAUUGCUCAACAAGUUUACCCUGGUGGACAACCCAGCCAAGUUUUCUCUGUUCGAGCGAACUGAAAAACAAAAUCAAGUGUGCAUGCGGAAACUGUCUGAUGAUGAGUGUCCCCUCUACCUGCGCUUGUGUGCUGGUCCAAGUGAAAAAGUCUUGAAUCUGGUCUUGAAGGAGAAUGAGACAGGGGAGGUGAAUUGGGAUGCAUUUAGCUUUCCUGAGUUGUGCAACUUUCUGCGAAUCCUGCAGCGUGAGGAGGAAGAGCAUGUGCGGCAGAUAGUGAAGCGAUAUGCUCUUGCUAGAGACAUGAUGAAAAAGGCUGUGUCAAAGACUACUACUCCUGGUUGACCUUGUUUAAAACCAGAGACAUUCAUCCGAUCCUCAUACCUUCUACACCGACUAUCAGUGAGAAGGUUUAUAGCCAUGUGAAAGGGAAGGAAAGAGCUUAGAAAGGUUGUUAAAGAAGCAGGGAUGCUGGUGUUGAUGUGAACUACGUAAAAGAUUAGGCUACUUUAUGUGUAACAAGUGCCAGUAUUGUGAACUGAGCUGGGAAAAUAAAUUCUAGAAUGUU